ACUUUGAAAAAAAUGCACCAAGGUGGAGGCCUCUUACCUCAAAAGCAAAGGGUUGGUUGAGAGGUAGUUAAUGAGGUUUUUGUGAACACCAUUAAAGGUGCAGUUAUGAGACUGUCAAGAUGGACACUGGUGUGGUUGCCCUGCCCUUUUCUAUUUGAGAGCUUUAAUGCGAUUUACAUGGCCGUCCUUGGAGGUGGUUUCCUCAUGUUUCCUCGGUAUGCCUUUAUUGUGCUUAGUUUGCUGUAUCUACAAGAUGCAGCUGAGUCCAUGGUCCUCGUUCGUUUCGACAGAGCUCCGCCGGCACAGUCGAGGUAUUCUUCCGCUGUUUUCCGCUACUCCGUUGUCAUGCCGGACGGUUCCAAUGCAUGCAAGCACAACGUGUGUUCCAUUUUCUGUCAGCUUGAUGGCCAAAUUUUGAGUCCAUGUCCGGCUCGUGUCAUUGUAUUCAAAAACUUGACCGUUAACUGCCAUCACGAAUUUCGUCUCAACGUCACAACUCGGGAUGGACGGAGAAACUCAUCAGCUUAUUCUUGGUUCAUUGAUACAAUACCACCAACUGCAACAAUUUUUAGUGAACAGAAUUACACGAGUGCUGAAAAAAUAGCCAUUGAUGUCACAUUUAGUGAAGCUUGCACCGGAAAGGGCGGCUUCACAUGUUUGAACUCAUCAAUCUGUGAUGUCAUAGUAAAUGGUCCUGGCCAUGUACAAGCAUCUUCGUUACGCAUGAUUAAACCUAGUAUCAGUUACAGCCUUGAUGUAAUUCUCUCCCCGAAAAGUUUAUACGGGCGUGUUGCCAUCAGAAUGGCAGAUUGUUUUUGUACAGAUCAGGCAGGAAACGGAUUUACAAGGACAAAUGGUUCCACAAUCAUCGUUCGCUUUGAUAGAAGGCCAGUUCUCGCAGAUUUUUGGACCUCCGUUCCAGCCUAUGAGUUGGCGAUUAAUGGGAUUCCACGAACUGUCCGUGCUACUAACAAAAUGGAGGACUUGGAAAUAUUUUUGGACUUCAGCAUUCCCGUUAUGAACACAACAGAGCAGGUCCGGAAUGCAUUGGUUGUAAAUUCGGGUAUCUUAGUACCUAGUCAUGGUAGAAAUCAAGGAAACCGCGGGUUUAAAUUCCAACUCAGAAAUACAUCUGCAACUGAAAUCAUCACGGUUAAAUUACGAGCUGGAUUUAUACUCGGGAGGACAGGCACUCCUGUCACAUCGGUUCCCUCGGUUACAUUUCUUUAUGAUUCUGUGGAGACUGGUGUAGGGUUGAGUACCGGUUCUCAAAAUUUUACAAAGGACCGUGUCAUCAGUGUGGUAGUUGAGUUUACAAAGCCGGUCUUUGGCUUUCAGGCCUCCAUGGUAAAUGUGUUCGGGGGUAGAAUAACAAGGUUUAGGGAACUCUCGAGAGCUCUGUACUCGUUGAAAGUUUUGCCAGCCACGGAGAAUGUAGUGUCAGUUGCGAUUCCAGCAGGGAAAGUAUAUGACAUAUCAGGAAAUCCAAACAUGGCAUCUAACCAACUCGAAGUGAAAUACUACUCAACCCCUGCAAUAUCAAUCGCAUUGCACUCUUUUGUUACUGUGGGUAUAUUAGCGACAUCAUUAGCAGCUGCUAUUUUCUCCGUUUCUUCUGCAAAUCUUGGAGCAGUGGGAACUCUUGCUUCUGAGAGUUCCAACGCCGUUGCUUCUGACUCAAUGAACCUUCAUGGUAUGGUCGGACACCUUCAAGUUUUUGUUCUCGCAGACUGGCUCCCAGUUAAUCAGCCAAUUGAAUAUUUGGAGACAACGAAAGGUCUUAAGUGGCUCAUACCUCGCCAGGAGCUUCCAUGGAAAAACGACAACUCUUCAGGUUGGCCACACCAAGAGAAGCUUGAGACAACGACUUCAACUGAAAUUGACAUAUGUUUUACCAACUCAUCUUAUAUGUGGUAUGAUAUACCAGUGCCAAUUGAGGUGUACCCCAAUUCGGGUUGGCUUCAUGGACUGCAUAGUAUGCGUAUGCCACCUUAUGGACAACCUCUUGAUUCGAAUGAAUACUUCACAUAUUUCUUGAGAGGAGAGCCGUUGUCUGCUAGCAAUGUCAUCAAGGGAAUGGAGAAUUACAGAGGGUGGGAAGAUUUGCAGAUGAACCUUUUUUGGCUUGGCAUUGGAGGAGGCAGUUUAGUCGUAAUCCACGUGUUGGUAGUACUUUUCCUAAGGUGGAGACUAGGGACUCCAGUUCACGGAAUACUCUCAGUGCCCAGAUUCGAGCUCUUUCUUUUGAUUCUCAUGCUGCCUUGUAUCUCUCAGUCCUCUGCAUUUGUUAUUAAAGGUGGUACGAUGGGGGGAAUAAUUAUUGGGGCUUUAUUGCUAGCUAUCCCCACAGCCCUUAUCUUAUCGGUGUGUCUUUUUCAAAUCAUUGCAAUCUUCUCCAGCAAUUUUUUUCAGUACAAGGAAGUCAAGCAUGUAGCUAGAAAAGAUCCGUGGUAUGCAAAGCUCUGGUAUUUAUUCACUGGGAGACCCAGAGCCGGAAAAUGGUUUCAUAAGGAAGGGCUUCCUUCGUCUUUCCUUCAACAAUUUGGGAUUCUCUUCAUAAGUUUGCGGGGUCCUCCAUUGAUCAUCUCUGCUGAUCAAAAUGAACCGAACAGCGUAUCCAAAUGCACUGGAAGUGGCCAUAGUGGUAUUGGGAAAAUGGGACCGGUCAGCUUGGAUGAAAGCACAGCAGAAACAACAAUUCCUAUAUCCAAAAGGCUCUUGGGUUGUGCUAGAUCCUCCUAUAUUAUUCUCGAUCUUUUAAGACGGGUCUGUUUGGGCAUCAUAUCCGGAGCUAACUCAUCAACGAAAUCAAGCCAAAGCAUAUUAGCAUUGGCCAUUACCCUGGUACAGUUCAUCUAUCUAUUUACUCUGAAACCCUACAUCAAGAGGGCAGUCCAUCUGGUGGAAAGUGUCUCUCUACUGUGUGAGGUGGGCCUAUUUUCGCUAUUUAUCGUUAUUAAUGGCUCAAAUCUUGUUAAAUCAAGAAGCUUCGGAUUUAUAAUGCUAGCUCUCCUGUUCGUUACCUUCGUUGCCCACAUGAUAAACGAAUGGUAUACUUUGGUAAAAUCCGCACUCAGACUCUCACAGCCUCAAAAAAAUUCAUUCAAGCUCGGAUUGAAGUUUGUUGCUAAGGGUCUGAUCCUCCCGUUCCUUCCAAGGAAACAAUGGUCAAGACUCACAGCUGCAUCCUCUCAGCCUACAACAGGCCUAGCUCCACUCCUUCCGGAUACAAGAGCACCGCAUGCUGACCCUAUUAGCGCUAUGACUGCAACCAUAGUCCCUGUGCUCAGUCCGGGAUCACCUGGCCCUAAUGUUGUACAAAUCAUAGGUUCCACUAAUGUGGAGACGGCCCUUGGCACACAGACAGCAGCAGAAGCAAAACGGCAAAAGGGUCUUAAACUAGAGCCGACAAGUGAUCUGAAGAAACUGAGGGAGCUGGCAAUGGCAAGCUUUUCGGGAUAUUCGAAUCUUGAGGAAGCCAGUACUAGCUAUGGUACUAGGAUGCAAACUCCUCGAGCCUCUACUUCUAGAACAAAACAGUAGUAUAAAAACUAGCAUCAAAUUUUCUGAUCUAUUAAUGUAGUUCCUGUGGUUUACAAUCUGAUAGACAUUUUUAUGCUGAA